AUGGCCCUCGUCAUUAUCAGCGGCCUGCCCUGCAGCGGCAAGACGACGCGGACUGCCGAGCUGAUUGCUGGUCUGUCGCUCAAGGAAUCGAGCUACAGAGUCCACCACAUCACCAACGAGACGGCCCACGUACCGCCGUCAUCGUUCUCCUCGCAGCUGGCCGAGAAGCCGGCACGGGCGUCCUACCUGUCUCAUGUGACGCGAUGUAUUGCUCACGACGCAAUCGUGCUGGCAGACGGAGGCGCGGGGACCAACAUCAAGGGCUUCCGCUAUCAGCUUUGGUGCGCUGCGCGGGAGGUGGGCGUGAGGUGUGCGAGCAUCUUGGUCGUGUGUGGGAAGGAAGAGUGCAGGAGGCGGAACGAGGAAGCGGGCAAAUACGAUGAGAGAACUGGAGUGCAGAGCGCUGAGGGAACAUGCAGUUUCGAGGAAAUGACGAUGCGGUUCGAAGAGCCAAACCCAAUGACCAGAUGGGAUUCGCCCUUAUUCGUCGUUGAUAGCAACCCUUCUUCUGCAGCAGCAGGGCAAGGUACCUCAAGUGGUCUCCUCCCGGUUGAAGACAUAUGGACCACAAUCACGUCUGGGAAGAUCUCGAGGGCGCCCGGCGUCGUCGUGCCCCUGAGACACAAGCGCCAGUUUGUCAAGAUGCACGCCAUGGGCGUCUCGGCGUCCAACGAGCUGGGAAUCGCGGCGGGAAAAGAAGGGCAGCUCAAGGAUCAGCAAGUCGCCAGUCAGAAGCGAGGUGCUGGUGCCGCAGGAGCAGCGGCGACCACGAGGGAAGAAGACAUUGUUCGACGCUUUGCUGCCUACUUGAACGAGAGCCUGUGA